GCCAAGUUAACAACUUGGGUUCUACGUACUAGUCUAAGCCUGAAUUCCUGACACUGCAGGCUCAUCCCUACCAUUCUCUCCAGGCAAGGUCUUUGGCAUUCCUGUCCAUAUCUAACAGGUUCAUUACAUUGUAUAUUGGUUACAGUCAUCAUGUCGUCUUCUCGACUUCCAGCGGGUCAACGCCGCGGUGCACCACCUUCAGCACUGACUCCUCAUCCCAAGCCUACAUUGACAAUGGAGCAGUGGGAAGCAAAAGCACCACUUGGAGACCUCUCCCUCAAAAGUGUCGCGGGCGUUAAACUGGCCAGUGAAACAAUCCCACUUCCUCUCAAAGUACGUCGUAGUUCCGCUAUCAAGUUCACCGUUGACGAAGCAGACUCGUCACGGCCUUCUACUCCCAACUUACGCAACAAGUUAGGCUCUGGGUCUCGCCCUUCAACACCCAACCAAUUCAUUGGCCGUCCUCUAGCUACUCACGCCCUCCAUCCAAAGCAGCCAAUACAGACCCCAGAACAGUUCUAUGACUGGUUUGCUCAGAUAGAUCGUUCUGUUGCACAUAAUCAAGAGGCUCAUUUUCGAGCUCACGUGGCUGACAUUUCAGAACAUCUGGCGACGUGCGAUUUUCUGCUCGAAAGGAUUGAUGAGAUAGACCGUGAAGUAGAUGAAAUGUUGUCAAAUUGGAGAAGUGUCGAGGAAGGUGGAAAAAGUCUCAAAGACGCUUGCGAGAAGCUACUAGAAGAACGCGAUCAAUUGCUGGAGAUGAUGGAGGAAAUCGGUCAGGUGCUCGAGUAUUUCAACGAGUUGGAACAAGCUACGCGCAUGCUCAACCAUCCAGGAGAAUCUUUGGUCCUGAAAACCGAUUUUUUGUACAUGGUCGAGCGCGUAGAUAUCUGUAUAGAAUAUCUCAAUUCCCACCGGUAUUUCAAGGAAGCUGAGAUCUACCUACUUCGUUUCCAACAGUGCAUGACUCGUGCCAUGACCCUGAUCAAGAUGUACUUUGUUGGGUCUUUGAGGGCUCUUACAGGGGAUGUUUCUAAACGUCUCUUUGCGAAGAUGCACCUCCUCUACACUAGAUUCAGGAGUAUCACACCACAGUUAGCACCCUUGCUCGGUGAACUGGAACGCCGUGCACAGGUCCAUCCUGAAGAUCUUUCAGCUUUGCUAUCGGAAUGUCAUACAGCAUACUUUAGCGCCCGGAAAAGUUUGCUUGUCGGCCGCCUCACGGAAGAAAUCAAAGGGUUAGACCCGGCUCGCACAGAACUUGUUGAACUGACGAGAACCGGUUGUAGCUAUCUGAAGCAGCUCUGUACAGAUGAGUUCGAUCUGUAUCGAGAGUUAUUCAACUCUGGAGAGGUUCAACUUUACCAUUACCUGGAGAACCUAUGUGAUUACCUCUACGAUGAUCUACGUCCUCGAAUCCUCCACGAAACUCGGCUGACAGCUCUCUGUGAGGUGUGCACUGUUCUGCAGGCUCUGGUGGUUUUGGACGUAGCAGAUCUACCCGAUUCUCCGCUAGACACCAACGACCUUGAUUACUCAGGAGAGUCGUUAACUCUAGACCUCGACCACCCCCCAAAUAGACCACAAGGACUCGGCAAACUACACAUCAGCCAACUUUUGCAGAUGGUGUUACAAGAUGCCCAGACCAGGCUUUUCUUCAAGGCGCAGUCUGUCAUUCAGUCCGAAAUUCGAUACUACGUUCCCACUCCUGAAGAUUUGGCUUAUCCUGAAAAGCUCGUAGCUGCAAGAAAACCACGUUCUGAGAUCGAGAUCAAGGAAAAGGAAAGUGUAAAUCAGCUUUUCCGUCUGCCUUCACUGGACAAGCAAGAAACAUGGUUCCCGACUCUGCGAAAAACUGUCUGGGUACUGUCUCAACUUCACGAUUUCGUCAAGCCUGCUAUCUUUGAAGAUAUUGCCCAAGAAGCAAUAAGUUUAUGCAGGCAAUCUUUUGUUUCGCCCUCUCAAAAUAUCUGUGCGAGGAAUCCCCCUUCGAGUACCUUAGACGGCGAGCUCUUUCUUGUUCGACACCUGCUGAUCUUGAAAGACAUGACGCAAACGCUGGACUUUGGCCAGAGAAAUUCCGGGCCUUCGAUUGACUUCGGUGGAGUCACAGAAACCCUCGCCUUAAUAUUGAACAAAACAUCUUCUCUCCUUCCAGAUGCUCUGUUCGCAUCUCUGGGAAUGCCUCGAGGAGGUGAUGGUAUAACGGAUGUAAAACAUGACAUCGACCAAGACUUAAAACAGGCUUGCCGCGAUGUCAUAUCUCGCUGUGUGGAGCCAAUUUGCGAGCCUCUACGGGAGUGGGUGAUGCGUGUGCGUGUGCAUACUACCACGCGCAAUGAACACCCAAACCUCGACAAAGCACCUACUUCGCUUGUCACACAGACAUGGGCUCAGCAGCAUGCAGCCGAAGAUCUUCACGAGAAGUUUAUCUUAUCAUGCGAGCGGGAUCUUCGAUCAUCCGUUAUGAGGAUGCGGUUGUACUUGGAGGACGAUAGGACUGUGUCUGUGCUGGUUGGGCACAUAAAAGAGGCGAUUAUGGAGGACUAUAUGGCAUUCCGGGACUUGGUCUGGAACAUGUAUGCAGGGGCGAUGAAAGUACGGUAUUAUCUGCGGAACGCUUGGAAGAGACAUUGCGAACUAUAUGCACCGAUGAUUAGAUUGUUUUAGUGAUAUUCUCAGCCACCCUCUAAGCAUCAUAAUAUUUACGUCGUGUGUCCCAACUAAUCGGUUAGUGCUCAGGAAAAUAUCUAUGUUUACCUACGUAGACCUACCUACACCCUUGCCUUUGUCUUUUCCUCUUCCUCUUCCGCCUUUGCCUGCAUGACAGCAGCGAGGACCUUGGCAUGUGCCGCCUUUCCUGCCGCUACGACACCAAAGUUUUCUCCUAGUGUCCUUCCCAGUCCAAAGUCAAGAGAAGAUCCUCGUGAAUCAGUGACAAUGCCUCCUGCUUCUUCUAUGAGAAUGGCACCAGAAGCAUGAUCCCAUAUUUUCUCUCUAUAUCCGACACCUGUUGGCAUACGAAGGUAAGCUCCCCCGUCACCUCUUGCAAGACAGCAGUAUUUGGCUUGGCUAUCCAUGCGUGUAGGUGCCCGGGUGAUGUUGAGCACAGAAGAAACACGGCUAUUGAAAGAAUGAGAAGAGUGUGCAGCUUCCACAGACUCCAGGAAAUUGAGCGAGUCCCCGCUAAUGGUAGGGAUAGUCAAAGGAGUGGGGUUGGCACCAGAUACUGCCAUUUGUUGGGCUCCCUGGCCUCGUACAGCGACGAAAAUACAGCCUUUGGGACCA